AUGGAAAAAGGAUUAUCCAUUUGGGCAGAUGGAGAAUAUGUUUUGGCUCAAUGGAAUAGGAUUUUCUAUAGAGCUAUAAUGUUGGACCUGAAUAUUUCUGGAGAAAUGGUGGUACUUUUUGACUCUUAUGACAUAGAGGACGAGAUAGACCACAAGGAUAUGCUCAAAUACUACAGGAAAGAUAAAAACUACGUAAAAAAGUUGGGCUCCAACAAUGUUCCUGACAAAGAUGCUAAAUUCGAGGCUAACCAGACAACAAAAUAA